CACAAAAGAUCGAGCCACAACAAAAAAAAAUUCGGGCCCGAACGGUUGAUCUUUAAACGCGGCGUCAGAAUAUUUGCAAGAAUUGAACCCCGAACCAGCAACGUGCGAGCUGCAAAGUGCCAAUUGCCAAUCCCAAAGUGUUCCAUUGCCAAGUGAUGUGUUGUAUGUGCGUGCCGAACUCCGAGAACUCCACUUGCUGACCACUUUUCAGUGCCAAGCCGUUCCUUUAACCAGUCAUGGACCAUCCUAUUUUAAGUAUUGCCAGGCUGCUCCUUCUGGUGGCGGCCUGGUCCGGUGGCCAGGCCCAAGAGACGCCACCGGUGUCGUCUGCCUCGUCGCCCGCCCGCCCGCCGCCCCGCGUCAAGCUGAACAAAUGCUGCCACAUGGGCGAGUACCUGAACGAGACGACCCGAUCCUGCAACGCCGGCAGUCCGGAGCAGUGGGUGCCUAUGGUGUAUCUGGUGCAGCAGCAGCGAUUCUUCGAGCCCGUCGGCGGUAGUCCGCGCUUCAUGAAGUUCCUGCCCCACACGCGUCCCCAGUGCCCGGAUCAGUACCAGGAGCUCAUCCGCAGCCGGAACACCAACGUAAUGCUAUUCCCCAAUGGCAGUCUGUAUGUGAGGGAGCGCGGCCUGUUCGUGGAGCCGCAGAACUACUGUGUGGACUGGCAGGUGGCCCUCGUCUGCCUCGACCACGACAAGCAGCAGCCACAGCAGCCGAACGGCAGCGAUCCCGACCAGCGUCAGGAGCAGCCGGAUGUCCUGCGCCUGCGCAAGUGCUGCGGCAAAUACGGCAGCUACGACACCCAGAAGAAGGACUGUGAUCUGCAGCCGAACCAUCCAGCGGAUGGACAACUCCGCCUCGCCCCCCAACUUCAGCUGGGCAGCUACGAGACGAUAUACGGCCUGCCGGAGUGCUCCUCCCCCGGAGGCUAUGCCAUCGCCGGGGACUGGACUGAGGGGAAGCUGAAUCGCUCCAACCGCCACCUCCAGCUGCCGCACACGAAUCUCAGUGCGGAUCAGUACUGCCUGGAGCAUACGCAGCGCGAGGGCGAGGUGAAGAUCAUUGCCUGCCAGUACCUGUUCAGUCCGGAGAUCUACGAUCCCGACCUGGGCCCCGGCGAGAUUCACGGCAAUAACCUGCAGAGGGCCGUGCUUACGGGCGGCAUACUCGUGUCUAUUGUCUUCCUGGCCGCCACUCUGGUGGCCGGAUUCAUGCUGCCGGCAGUCCAUCACGCCCUCCACUGGCGGUGCCAGAUCUGCUACAUCUUCUGCCUGCUGGUGGGCAAGGUGCUGCUGGCCAUCGAGGAGUUCAGCACCGGCCUGGAGCCGGGCACCGCCUGGUGCCUGAUGCUGGCCAUAUCGAUGCAUUUCUUCUUCCUGGCCGCCUUCUUCUGGCUGAACACCAUGUGCUUCAACAUUUGGUGGACGUUCCGGGACUUUCGGCCCAGUUCCCUCGAGCGCAGCCAGGAGGCGCUGCGUCUCUUCCUCUACUCGAUGUACGCCUGGGGCGGACCCCUGCUCAUCGCGAUUGUGGCCGCCUGCGUAGACCAGCUGCCGGAGACGAGCCUGCUCCGACCCGGAUUCGGCCAGUUGUACUGCUGGUUCGACAAUCGCUCCCUCUCCAUCUUCGCCUACUUCUACGGACCCAUCGGCCUCCUGCUGUGCGCCAACAUCGUCCUCUUCAUGUCCACCACCCACCAGCUGACCUGCGGCCUGUGGAAGCGCGACGACGUCAAGUCCUCCACGGAAAAGUCCGCCCUCGGUCGGGUCUGUCUCAAGCUCGUGGUGGUGAUGGGCGUCACCUGGAUAGCGGACAUCAUCUCGUGGCUGGUCGGGGGUCCGCAUGGCGCCUGGUUCGCAACGGAUCUGAUCAACGCCCUCCAGGGUGUCUUCAUCUUCAUUGUGGUGGGCUGCCAGCCGCAGGUGUGGACCGCCUGCCGUCGCAUCUGCUGCCCCCGGUUGCGCCACGACAUCACCAACACCACCAACGGUGUCCAGCAUUCGAGCAGCUCCCAGGGUCUGCCCUCGAUGGCCGGCGGCACCGAAUUCACGCAAAACACCAGCAUGCCGAGCAGUCCAGCGGCGGAUAGUGGCUUCCCGGAGGACACCACCACCACCGACAAGGCGGAUGGCCACCCAACAUCAUCAUCACCCGUAACAGUUCCCCCCAAAAUGGAGACUAUCUGCUAAACACAACUGAGACGAGCGACAAUGCGAAAGUGAGCCCCGGAUCCAAGUUUCCAGACCCUGAGAGUUGCCCCGAAUGGCAAUGGGCAAGCCCAGCAGAAGCUCAAGCCGAAGCCGCAGCGGAAAAGCAACAAAAGCCGAGUCUUUUUUUUUUUUUUUUUUUUGAGACGCAAGUGAGGGCACACUUGCGCAAUAGCAGUCAGCAACAACAAAAACAACAAAAACAGGAGCAUUCAAGCACGCGCAAUGACCGGCCCAGCUAAUUGUACAUGAAUGUGUAUGUGUAUGGUUGUAUGUAUGUGUGUGGGUAUGAUUUUCGAAAUCGGCCAACAACCGCAGAUGGAACAAAAGUACUCAGUAUUCAACUUCAAUUUAAAAGCAAGGCACAAAAGAAAUGUCUAUUUAAUUCACAAAAUGUCUCUUAGAUGGGAAAGAAAGAGAUGGCGAAUGCAAUAGAGGUAGGAGGCAGAAACCAGUCAAAGUAACGGUACAUCGAGUGUGGUCAGGUCACAUUAGCACGUUCUAAUUGGACGAUAGUCGGUCAGUGUUGCAAAAUCACAUUUGACACAGGCUUAGGGCCUUCUCUAUUGGUAUUUAGAUAUCGGAGACCCCGUUUGACAAGAACCAGAACACACUUGGGACAAUGGUAUGUGCGGCAAACAGGAAUUUGUUUUUUUUUUUCUUCUUUUUUUUCCACAAUAGACAAAGCGCAUCUAUUGUUACGUGCUUUCUCCACCUCUCUCGCUCUCUCUCUCUCUAUUCGCCGGUGAUCGGUGAGGCAAACCACAAGGAAUUUUUUGUUGAGGUUUGAUAUUCUAUUUGCUAGUUUAAAAAAAAAAAAAAAAAAAAAAAAAGAAUCUCAAGUGUGAGAAAAACAGCAGCCGUCGAAACCAAACAAACAAAGAAUAUAUAUAUAUGUAUCUAUAUAUAUGUAGUUGUGUGUUUAACAUUUAAAUUAGCCAAAUUCCCAUUGACGACUCCACCAACUGCAUAUGUACAUACAUACAUAUAUACAUAUGUAUAGCUAUGUAUUCUUUGUGUUUUUGUAUUUCGAUUGCCUAAUCAUUUUGUUUUUACGAUCAUCUAAGUGGAUUCCUUUUUUAAGACUCUGGAGAAAAUAAUACUGACUGAAACUAUUUUUAUGUAUGCGCUGGAAUCUGAUUCCACUGACUCGACUCAUUUUUUUCUUUAUGUGUAGAGUAAACAAUUGAAAUUUAUUUACUUGCUGGCAUAAACAAAAACAA